AUGAGCCAGCAGGGCACAAUUGCCAUGCCGUCUGAUCCGGACCGGAAGGAUGUCUGGGUGCCAGACAAGACACAAGGGUAUAUGGCUGCAUAUGUGGUACGCGAAGUGGGCGAUAUGAGUGAGUGCUGCCUCAGCACGGGGGCCGUGGUGACAGUGCCAACGUCCUCGCUCAGCGAGAUGAACCCGCCCAAGUUCGACAAGGUGGCUGAUAUUGCCGAUCUGACAUACCUGAAUGAGGCGAGUGUCGUGCACAACUUGCGCCAGCGCUUCUUUAGCAACCUGAUCUAUCAGACCUACUCGGGACUGUUCUUGGUGGCAGUCAAUCCAUAUCAUGCGCUUCCCAUCUACACAGAGGGUGUGAUUGAGGCAUACAAGAAUAAGCGCCGCGAAGAGAACGCGCCGCAUAUUUUUGCGGUGGCCGACGGCGCGAUGCGCAACAUGCUUGAGGGCCACGAGAACCAAUCGUUGCUGAUCACUGGUGAAUCAGGAGCAGGAAAGACGGAGAACACCAAGCGUGUGAUCCAGUAUCUGGCCGCAACAGCCGUCGAUGCGGAUGCGUCGGGGUUGUGGCAUGCGGGCGAACCCUUGGGUCUGCUUGAGCGCCAGAUCCUGCAAGCCAAUCCGAUUCUCGAGUCGUUUGGUAAUGCGCAGACGGUGCGCAACAACAACUCGAGUCGAUUCGGAAAGUUUAUUCGGAUCGAGUUUUCUGCGACAGGCACGAUUGCGGGCGGGAACAUCGAAUGGUACUUGCUCGAAAAGAGCCGUGUGCACAGUCGGCAUGCCAACGAGCGCAACUUCCACGCUUUUUACCAGCUGCUGCGCAGCCGUGACCAUGCCCUCCUCGAGAGCCUGUGCCUAAGCAGCUACCCAGAGCACUAUGCAUACCUGUCCAGCUCGCGCAAGGACAUUGAGGGCGUUGACGACAGUCACGAGUUCCGGCACCUCAUCGAGGCGCUGCGCACGAUGGGCUUCACGGCCAGUGAGGAGCGCGAUCUGUUCCUCGUGCUCGCUCUGAUCCUGCAUCUGGGCAACCUCGAGCUUGCGGAGGACCGCUCGGGGCAGGCGCGCAUCACCAACAUGGAGCAGCUUGAGUUGGUAAGCCGCUUGAUGGGCGUCCAUGCAGGCAAAUUCAACGAUGCACUCGUGCGACCGACGGUGCGGGCCGGACGGGAGUCGGUGGUGCAGGCACGCACCAAGAAGCAAGUGGUCGACGAGAUCGCAGCGCUGUGCAAGACUCUGUAUGAGAAGACAUUUGGGUGGCUCGUUGGGCGAAUCAACCAUGUGCUAGACCGCCCCACUAGCAAGUCGCAGUUCAUUGGUGUGCUGGAUAUUGCCGGUUUCGAGAUCUUCGAGACCAACUCUUUUGAGCAACUGUGCAUCAACUACACGAACGAGAAGCUACAGCAAUUCUUCAAUCGCCACAUGUUCCACUUGGAGCAGCAAGAAUAUGCACGUGAAUCGAUUGAGUGGGACUAUGUCAACUUCGGCCUUGACCUGCAGCCAACGAUUGACUUGAUCGAGUCUCAGUCGCCUGUUGGUAUAUUGGCCACGCUCGAUGAAGAGUGUAUCAUGCCCAAGGCGACAGACCUCACGUUCACGGAGAAGCUGACCUCGGUGUGGGCGCCUGCCCGCAACUCGCCUGAGUCGGCGACGUCCAAGUUUUUGCCGUCGCGUCAAGUAAAGCGCUUUGUCGUGCGGCAUUAUGCGGCGAAUGUCGAGUACAGCACCGAAGCGUGGCUUGACAAGAACCGCGAUCCACUCAACGACAAUGUGGCGCGUGUGAUCGCCAGUGCCGAGUCGACCUUUGUGGCAUCGCUCUUUGCAGAGUGCGUGGCGCCGGAAGAAAUGAGUGCCGUGCCACGCAGCCGGCGCGGUGCCUUCCGCACGUUAGGCCAGCGGCACAAGGAGCAGCUCGCGUCGCUGAUGGCGCAGCUCGACUCGACGCAGCCUCAUUUUGUGCGCUGUAUUGUGCCCAACACGGACAAGCGACCAGGGCGUAUGGAUUUGCCGCUGGUGCUGGAGCAGCUUCGGUGCAACGGUGUCCUGGAGGGUAUCCGUAUUGCGCGUCUCGGGUACCCGAACCGUCUGCUGUUUGCGGACUUUGUUAAUCGAUAUGCGCUGCUGGCGCCGGAUGCGCAGCUGUCACAGGCGAUGGACCACCGCGUCAUGUCUACGCACAUUGCGCAAUCGAUGGGCAUUGACAUGGCCGUGUACAAGAUUGGUCUGACCAAGAUAUUCUUCAAGGCGGGCGUACUUGCUGAGCUUGAAGAGCAGCGUGAUGCCUGUCUACACGAUCUGUUCACACGAUUCCAAGCUGCGGCACGGCGCUGCAGCGCACAGCGCCUGGCUCGGAAGCGAUUGCGUCGCAACGCUGCGGUGCAGACGCUGCGUGCGAGUGCCCAGGCGUAUAAGGAGCUGGAUGCAUCGCCGUGGUGGCGCCUGUAUGUGCGAUUGCAGCCGCUCCUAUCGGCCACAGAAGACGACGAGAAUGCCAAGCGAUAUGAGCUGGAGAUGGCCAUGGCUCGCGAGCGCGCGGCGCGCGACGAGCUGGAGAAGAAAAGACUCGCCGAGUUGGAGGCCCAGCUGCGCCAGUCGUAUGCGUUGCUGGAGGAGCAGCUGGAUGACGCGCGCACCCAACAGGCGUCACUGAGUGACACGUUGCGUGCGACAGAAGAGCGCCUGGCGCUUGCCGAGGCGCAAGUCGCCGAAGGCCAGGCCGAGCGCGAUGAGUCACAGCGCGAGCUGCAGGCACUUCAGCAGCAGCUGGACGAGAGUGCACAGCGCGAAAAAGAGUUCCAGACUGAACUGACAGCUGUUGCUGACCUGCUGGACAAGGAGCUAAACACGCGCGUGGCCCUGGAGCACGAGCACAGCGAUGCCCUGAGCAGAGCUGCGCGCAUGGAAGAAGCGCUGGAGAGUGCGCGGCAGUCGCUCACGGAGCACACGGAGCGUGCCGAGCAACACAUCCAAGACCUUGCCGAGAAGCACGAGGCGGAGCUGGACGCAGUUAGGGCGUCGCUAAGCGAUGCACAGGCCAAGAGUGCGCAGCACAGUGCGAUGCAGACGCGUCUAGCGGAGCUGGAGCGGGCGCAUACUGAGCUCCAAGGCGCGCACAAGCGUGCGCUGGAACAGAUUUCCGAGCACGAGUCUCGCUGGGAGACCGCCGCCAAGCAGCGCGUGCCACUGGAGGACGCACUGGCCGAGGCGCGUGCUGCGCGCGACGCCAUGGCCCAGCGGACCGAGGCGCUAGAGCAGGCUCUGAAAGAAACCGAGCACGCCUACACGCGGCUCCAAACAAAGCACGAGCAUGUGGCUGAGACGCACGCCGCGCAGCUCGCCGAGGCACAUACGGCAAGGGAGGGGCGCGAUGCGGCUCAAGUAGAGCUGGCCGCGCUGCAGCGGGCGCUGGACAAGGAGCGUGCAGGGCGCGAGUCGGAGCAGGCGCUGGCGCGGGAACGUGCGGAAGCGGCCGCGAAGGAACGCGACGAGCAUGUGCGCGUGCUCGAAGAGCGCGCGGCCGAGCUUAAGAAGGCGCAGAGCAAAGUGUACGUGCUGGAGCUCGAGAACCGGCGGCUCGAGUCGCUGCAGAACAAGACGACGGUCGAGCAUGUGCAUGUGCUGGAGGAGGCAAAGAAGUACACGGACCGGCAGCUAUCGGACGUGCAGGCAGAACUGCAGGAGCUCUCUACGUACACGCGCUCGCUGGAGCGCACGCGUGCGCGCAUGCAGCAAGAGCACGAGGUGUUGGCGCGCACGGCCGGCGGGGUGACGAUCGAAGAGGCGAUUGGGCAGCGUGACGAGGCACGCGCCGCGCUAGAAGAAUCGCAGAAGAUGUCCGCGCGUGAGCUGAAGCGGGCGCGAGCCGAGUACGAGGCCAAGAUCCAGCGGCUCGAGGACGAGCUGCGUCGCGUCCAAAAGAACCACCAUACUGAAAAGGCACUCUCCGGGCUGGGCUCUGGGCGCAAGUCGCAUGCGGUGGCAGCGCGGAAGGUGCUGGCAGAGAUCCAGAUGGAGACCGAGCUGCUCGCCAAGGACCUCGCGCGCGCCAGUGCCUUGCGCUCCCCGUUGCCCGGCGCGGCGCAGGAGAAUGCCCCCGCGCCGCCCCCGUAG